UCUGGCGGGAUUCUGAACAUUUCUUUCUAGAGAAUGGCGUUGAAUGGAGAGAGUACUCUAAAGGCGAGCGUGACUGUUUAUGGAGCGUCAAGUUCAGGAAUCGACCCAAAAUAUUUGCAGGUUGGACAGGAGCUUGGGAAGGCCAUUGCCAGGAAGGGCUGGAGACUUGUCAACGGUGGUGUAAAGUCAGGUAUGAUGAAAGCUUGUAUAGACGGUGCCCUUUCUGUUGGUGGACGUGUUAGUGUUGUUAUACUGGACAAAUUUGUGAACAAGGCCUAUCCACUUCCUAGCGAAGUUCGUAUUGUCGACAAUAUGACAGAAAGGAAACUUGGCCUGAUGGAAUUGAGUGAUUUAAUUGUAGUCGCUCCUGGUGGUUUUGGCACUUUGGAAGAAGUCUUUGAAGUUCUCUCUUGGAAUCAGUUAUCGCUCAUUAAUAAGCGUGUCAUAUUUUUGAAUGCGUUCCAUUUUUUUGAUUUUCUGAGAGCGUUUCUGGCGAAACUUGAGAGUGAACACUUCAUAUCAGAAACCAGCAAGUCAUUUUAUUUUUUUGUCGAUAGUGUUGAAGAGACCAUUAACUUAUUGGAAAAAAUUUCACUGUACAAAAAUAUAGAAGCCAAUUCUUUACAUCAUGAAAAAGAAGAGCCCUCCUUUAUGUCAGAGUGGAAUGAUGUUGACAAAAGUGAAGAGGUGGAAAAGUACCUCUCCCACGACUUGGAGAAAUCUUCCAAUGGAACCACUUUUCAAGAUCCUUGGAGUCCGACCAAGCUUGGUGCUCACCAGUUUUUGGAUUUCGUACGUGAAACAAGUCGUCAGUUUGUAGAGUCAAGGGGAUGGGAAAGCUAUAAUACUCCUCGAAAUGUAUUGCUAGCAAUGGUCGGUGAAGUAGGUGAACUAGCAGAAUGUUUUCAGUGGAAAGGAGAAGUAUCUGUUGGUUUGUCUGAAUUCUCAGCAGAUGAAAGAAAGCAUAUUUCUGAAGAAGUUGCGGAUGUAUUUAUAUAUCUUACUCGUUUGUCAGAAAUUUGUGGCAUUCAUUUGGAAGAUGCAGUUAUACGUAAACUUGAAAAAAAUGAAGAAAAGUAUGCAACAGAUAAAUGUCAUAAGAAUUGAUCAAUUUGGAAAGAGUCACUUUUUGCUUUUUGGACGACCCUUACCACCUCUCGGUCUUGCAAUUACAGCUGGAGCAGUUUCUUCGUCUGAAUCCGUUGAAGCUGAUAAUUCAUCGCUUUUCGUAUAUGAUUCUUCAGAGUCAUCUAUAAAUAUUUCCAUUUCUGCAUUUGUAACACUUGUGAUAUUUGGCUGGUCUACCGUUUUUUCCUU